AUGACAUGGACGUCACCAGGUAUCAUCGCCAAGUCACUUACACUCUCGUGCGAAGACUUUGGAAACAUGUCCAGCAUGUGUCGCAAUCGCGUCGUUUGGUGGCUUUCCAGAUGCUUGUCCGGCACGCUUCGAGACCCCAAGCGAAAUUGUGGCAUGGGCCCGACUGGAAAGCCACCAAACGACGCGAUUGCGACAUCAUGUGCAGCCAUGGUCAGCUCGUACCUCAAUGAGCCCACCAUCGCAUCGCCAGUUGUAGCAGAGAAGAACUCGCAUGUAUGA